AUGAGGUUCUCCCAAACGAUCCUGCCCUUGAUAGGUGCGGUUUCGUCGCUCUUUCAACAGACACACGCACGGUCACAAGCCUCAGAGGCUAUUCGCCAUGUUACGCCAGUCGAUAAUGCCAUCAUUCGUACCCCCUCACACAAAAUAGACCAUCUAUCCAGCUUCGAUGUUACCUUCAACCUACACCAAGACGGCAAGCGGAUAAAGCUAGAGCUUGAACCAAACCACGAUAUCCUCGCCGACGAUGCUUACGUGCAAUACCUGGGCAUUGACGGUACAGUACGACACGGUCAGCCCAUCCAGCGACACGAACACAAAGUGUUUAAAGGCCGCGCGCUGGUAGGAUCGGGUACAGGGAGAUGGACGCCAGUCGGUUGGGCCAGAAUCACCGUUAAAAGGGAUGGCGAGGAGCCACUUUUCGAGGGUGCAUUCAGCAUCGACAAUGACAAGCACCACAUUGAAUUGCAGUCAAACUAUAUGCACAAGAAGCGCCCGAUCGAUGCCGAUGUCGAGCCGAGGGACGGAGAGUAUAUGCUCGUCUACCGAGACUCCGACAUGUUCCAGUACACACACAAUGAGCUGAAGCGGUCGCUUGCCGCCUCCUCCUCUGGUUGUGGAUCCGACACCCUCGACUACAAUGCCGAUCUAUCUAAUUCUAUCUUCCCAUAUGGCGUUGACCAACUCGACGGCCAGUGGGGUGUUGCCUCGUUGAAUUCGCUGUUCGGUCUGAGCAAGCGGCAAUCGGAUACCAGCGGUGUGUCCGGAAACACGGGCGGCGUGAACCUGCAAACGACCAUCGGCGAUACCAGUGGUUGCCCCAAGACGAAGAAGGUCGCUCUGAUCGGAAUUGCGGCCGAUUGUGCAUUGACCGAGUCUUUCGCAUCUAACAACGCGACCCCCAAGGCUGCGGCUCAGGAUUGGAUCAUUAACGUUGUGAACACGGCAUCCAGUCUCUAUGAAGAUUCAUUCAAUGUGUCAAUUGGGCUGCGCAACUUGACAAUCUCCGAGACUGGCUGUACCUCUGGAGGCUCUUCUGGUACACCGUGGAACGUCGGUUGCAACAGCGGCAAUGUCACCUGGCGUCUCAAUGAAUUCUCCAAGUGGCGCGCUCAAAAUUCAGAUAGCAACGCUUAUUGGACUCUUAUGACCGACUGCCCGACAGAUAGCGAGGUUGGUGUCUCGUGGAUGGGUCGGUUGUGCACAUCCGACUUGACGACCGCCGGCGACAGCUCUGUUACCGGUGCCAAUGUUGUUGUUCGCAAUUCUGGUGCUUCCUGGCAGGUGUUUGCCCACGAGACUGGCCAUACCUUUGGAGCUGUGCACGACUGUGAUUCGCAGACAUGCUCCCAGAAGUUACAGGAUUCAUCCCAAUGUUGCCCACUGUCCUCGUCAACCUGCGAUGCUGAUGCAAAGUACAUCAUGAAUCCAUACGCUAGCAACAUCAUGACCAAGUUCUCAGAUUGUACGAUUGGCAAUAUCUGCUCCGCAAUUGGCAGAAACAGCAUCAAGUCCUCAUGUCUGUCAGACAACAAAGGCGUCGUGACCAUCAGUGGCAGCCAGUGCGGUAACGGCAUCGUCGAAUCCGGCGAAGACUGCGACUGCGGUGGCGAAGAAGGCUGCAGCGACAACUCCUGCUGUGAUGCAAAAACCUGCAAAUUCAAGGGCAAUGCCGUCUGCGACGACUCCAACGAGAGCUGCUGCUCCCAGUGCCAGUUCUCCCCAGCCGAUACCGUGUGCCGCCCCAGCACAGGCGUUUGCGAUAUCGAAGAAAAGUGCAGUGGAACCUCCAGCUCCUGCCCCGACGACAAAUACAAGGACGACGGCUCAUCUUGCGGCGACAAGGACCAAGGCCUCAGCUGCGCCAGCGGCCAGUGCACCAGCCGCGACUACCAAUGCCGAACAGUGGUCGGCUCUCUACUAAACACCAACGACACCUGGGCCUGUGAAAACACUCAAGACCCUUCAUGUACUCUGGUCUGCGGCGCACCAUCAAUCGCUCACUCGUACGGCACAACCCCAUGUAUCAGAAUGAACCAAAACUACCUCGAUGGCACACCCUGCGACUCAGGCGGCCGCUGCAACUCAGGCCAAUGCAAGGGAUCGUCAGCCCUAGGCUGGAUCAAGCAACACGAGAAACUCGUAAUCGGCGUCUGCGUUGGCGGCGGCACCUUCAUUCUCCUCGCCCUCUUCUUCUGCAUAUACAGCCGCUGCAGGCGCAGCGCUGCCCAGCGGAAGAUGCGCAAGGCUAUCCCCCCCGGUACAUACCGGCGCUACAAUGGACCCCAGCCCUCUGCUCGCCCACCCCACAUGAACCAGUGGCAUGGUGUUCCCAAUAGUGGGUAUCAGAAUGUACCUCCGCCUGGACCGCCUAUGUAUCAGAAUAUGCCCCCGCUUGGGCCGCCGCCACGUUAUGCUUGA